UCAUUCGCUUUUCCAGGCAUUGAAACAAAUAUUAAAGUACAUUUCAAAGUAUUUCCACAUGAAAUCGAUACCUUGAUUUCUAAUAAUUUUAUUCAAGAUCAAGACAACCUGAUGCAUUGCAUUGUGGGAGUUAACUAACUAACGAUAAAAUACCGUUUAAAGUUAAUACUUUUCAUAUGUUGCGUUUGCAACUAGAUAAUUUGUUUCUGUUCAACAAAAUUAAAUCCGAUUAUGAAAAGAAACGUUGUCUUUUUGAAAGACUGGUGGAGCUGAAACUACAUUUCCCAGAAAAUCGUGCGGUGUGUCGUUUCGCUCCCUUAGUAACCAACUGGGGAUUGCGAGAUUCAUAACUGUUAACACCGAUGGUCAGUGUAAUGGGGGACAAGAUCUUAAAAGCUCUUUUAGAUAUAUGCUCUGUCACGACUCGGAGACAAAUGUUGACCCGAAGAAUAUGAAAUAAUGAGUGUGAGAGGCUAGGCCACCACGGACAAAGCCGUACACUGACGACCUGCUCAUCAGGACUGGUACCUGGGUUGGGGGACCUCAAAUGGCCGCCGAAGGGCUGUCAACAGCGACCCCGGGCAAGUCUCAGGCUCAUUCACCAAAUCCCGCUAACCGAAACCUUUGCCGCAUUCGGACACACAUUAACACCGAGACCGAGGCGCUGGGCUGUCCUGAUCAAGGACCAGAUGAGCAGCGGUACAUUAUUUACAGGAAUGUGUUUGAUAAGGUCAUUGAAAAUGCAACAGCAUACAAAAAUAUCCUCACAUCCAUCAAACAAGAGUAUGAAGAAAGUAUCAAUGUUUUACAUAAAGGGAAAGAAGAUUCUCUGUUUCUACGGAGAAAGCUGAAAUCUAUGGCCUUUGAACCAAUGACUUACGUGGCUUACAAAAAAAGAGCCAUACAGCUUCAAAACAAAAUUGAUCUCAUUAAACAAAAUACAGCUGAAUUAGAAGCUCACUUGCAGGCAGUAAAAAAAUCAAGAGAUGUUCAAAAGGAGCAAACGAAGCAGACUUUACCGCCACAGGAAGAUGUCUUCCAUAUUACAUGUAUUCCAGGUCUGACAUUGCAGGAAUCUAUAAAUGUCGAGGAUCUAUGUAAGCACCUAAGGAACCUGGAAAAGAAACUCAAGAGCCUAGAAUUUGCAAAAGAAACUAAAUAUGUGCCAAUCCAGAUCAAAACUAACAUAAUCCAAGAUAUUAAUCAGAAAAUGCAACAAUGGGAAGUACUGGACAUGGUGAAUAAGCAACUCAAACUCAGGUACAAGCGAAUAGAGAUCUUAGCAGAUGCAGUUGCUGCUUGGGGGUACUCUGAUAAAAGUAUUUCUCUCACUGAAUAUAUUUUGCCAAGCUUGACAGAAGCAAUUUCUCUCAAAGAUACAGAAGUUGAUAAUCUUUGGCCUGAAAUAUUGCAUGCUGAUGAUCCGAGCACCAUUAAUGAACCAGCAUACUUGUUAGAAUAUGUUGAGAGAUUUAAUAAACUGUUUGAUGAUAAGCAAUAUAGGGCAGCUGCAAAACAUGUAGCAAAUUGUCCCAGAGGAAUUCUUCAUAAUUUGGAGGUCAUGGAAAGGUUUAAAGCUAUCACAGAAUAUGAAGGACAUAUUUCUCCUCUCCUGCAAUUCUUUGAAGCUGUAAUGAACUCCUUUUCUGCUGUCAAACAGUCACCUAAUGCAAAAAUGUCAUUAGAGGGAGUAGAAUGUGCACUGACGCAAAAUCGACUGGACCUGGUCAUUCACUGGAUCAUACAACAGAGAGUAACGUGUUCUGAAGAAUUGGGAGACUUGAUUUACAAUUAUGGAGAUACUGAACUGCGGAAUAUGGACACAUGCAUGGUCCUGGCUCAGAUUGUCUACAAUAAAUGUGAUGUGCACAAGAAAGCUGCUCUCUGCUUGUGCAGGUGCAGGCAGAUUUCUGGAGCAAUGGAAUAUAUUCGUGACUCUAAAAAGUUCAGCUUGGAUGAUUAUUUAUUUUUGAUGAACAAGUGCCCAAACUCUGAGUUAAUUCAGUGUCUCACUAAUGAAUGGAAUGGAAACCCAGCAGUUCUCUCAACUGGGAUUGCUGUAUUGUGGCUGAUUUCAAAUGAUCACGAGGAAACUGGAUUUCAUCUUCUGAAAGAAAUAUAUGAUUCAGGUCAAGAUGCCAUGGAACGAACUAUCCUUAAUGACGUUAACUGUACAUUGGAAGAUUGGCAGGAGAUUGCAGCUAAGUGCAUUACAUACAACUGCAAUGAGUUGGCAGACAGCAUUUUUACUGUGCUGACAUCACAAGAAGGCGGAACUGUGAUAAGAAUUACAACGGAAUCUGAUAAUGAUGGUGCAAAAUUAAUAGAACAUAUUUUUUUGUAGCUCAGAUUCUUCAAAUUUUACAGAGUUUGUUCUUCCUUAAUACAAUGUUUUUAAAGCA